CAACGCUAAGAUCCUAUAGCGGAUCCACAAUCAAGCAUGUGGGCGUCAUCAGCGAACAAGCGGUCAUCGGGGGCCAAAGCUGCAAGCUGAAUUUUUUCGUUGUCAAGAAAGGACAUCAGCCGCUGCUUGGGCUGAACGCAACGGAACAGCUCGGAUUGAUUACCAGAAACGUGGAUACUGUAACAAGCAGUUCGGAAAAACUUCUGCAAGAAUAAAGCGAGGUUUUCCAAGGUACCGGCUGCGUCCAACGCCAAUACAAGAUGGUGCUCAAGAAAGGCUCAGUUCCAGUUGUACAAGCAGCCCGGCGUGCACCCUUGACCCUGCGGGAACCACUGCGCAAGGAACUGAGGCGAAUGGAAGAAGCCGGAAUCAUUGUCAAGGUCAACGAGCCGACUGACUGGGAAAGCAGCUCAUCCUGGCGGACAUGCUUUCAAGAGCUUCAGUUCCCGACUCAGAAGGUGACGCCGCAAGUGACGAAGACAUCGAAAUACACGCCAAAUUGCAGAGCUGGAGGACACGUCAUCGGCAACGGUCAUCUACAAGCUGGGAGCCAUAUAUGCCUGAUAUGAAAUCCCGGUAGAAGUGUGGAGCGGCA